UUGUUUCUUAACCUACUCGUAUAUGUGGUUCUUCCUCUCCUAGCCACGGGUUCUAUGGACUCUUGUGUGAUGAUCUGGAACAUGAAGCCGCAGAUGCGAGCUUAUCGCUUUAAUGGGCACAAAGAAGCUGUCACUUCUGUUCAGUUUUCUCCUUCUGGUCACCUGGUGGCAUCUGCCUCCAGAGACAAGACCGUACGUCUUUGGGUCCCCAGCAUGAAGGCUGAGUCGACGGUGUUCAGGGCUCACACCUCCACAGUGCGCAGUGUUGAUUUUUCUGGUGAUGGGCAGACUCUCGUCACAGCUUCUGAUGACAAGACCAUCAAAGUGUGGACCGUACACAGGCAGAAGUUUCUCUUUUCGCUCAGUCAGCACAUCAACUGGGUUCGCUGUGCUAAGUUUUCUCCAGAUGAUCGGCUGAUUGUGUCAUCCAGUGACGAUAAGACCAUAAAGCUGUGGGACAGGAACAGUAAAGAGUGCAUUCAUUCUUUUCUUGAACAUGCUGGUUACGCCAAUCACGUGGAUUUUCACCCCAGUGGAACGUGCAUUGCUGCAGCAUGCACCGACAACUCUGUGAAGGUGUGGGACAUCAGAUCCCAUAAGAUGCUUCAGCACUACCAAGUCCACAGUGGCCCGGUGAGCAGUUUGUCUUUCCAUCCGGCUGGUGAUUUCCUGAUCACUGCAUCCAGCGAUUCCACAGUGAAAGUUCUGGACCUUGUUGAGGGCAAGCUGCUGUACACACUGCACGGACACCAGGGUCCAGUCACCUGUGUAGCCUUCUCUCGGACCGGAGAGUACUUUUCCUCUGGAGGCUCUGAUGAACAGCUAAUGGUGUGGAAGAGCAACUUUGACUGCACUGAGUCCAGAAAUGAUGAGGGACCGCAACUUAAAAGGGCAUCCAACUUGAAGGCACCACCACCCAGCUCCACGGCUCACCUUCUCCAUAACUCUCAUCCAUCCGUGCUUCGCAGCCAGGUACGUUCAGGCAACCAGGAGCAAGCAGUCGUCAUUAGCUCUUGA